UUGCGUGAUCAACUACAGCACACUGCAUUGUACAGUAAUUUCUGAAUAUCGACGUCUCGUAUACUACAUGCACAAAAUCAGGUAAUGCGGGAACCAAUGAUGUUGUGAAUGGGGCUACGUGCAUAAUUUCUUCCGGUCCGCGGUCGGCAACCAGGUGACCUUUUACCAGCGCAGGCCUGAUCCAAAUCCUCGUGUCUGAACGCCACCGAAAUCGGUGCGUUUUCUGCCCGCAAAUUUCGACAUUCCGCGGGUUUCUGUCGCGCAGUGUAGUUCGUCCAGAGGUUUUGGAGUGACUGGUCCAACUCCUGGGGCACCAUGAGCGAAUCUGCGGCAUUGGAAACGACAGAAAAUGGCACAGACGGCCUGGCAUCGCAACAGCUGGCUACCGGAGAUGGUCAGACCACCACACCGUCCGCUGAACCUAAUUCACCCUCGGCACCCGGCCUGUCGACCAGCCCAGUUACAAUACACAUCCCACCUUUGGUGCAGAUCUCAAGCCCUCCCGAGCCAGAGCCAUCAGGUGAUGAUGCAGGCGGAGACACUAGCAGUGGAUCCCUCAGUGAUGGUAGAAACACCCCAGGUAAAGAGAGAAGUAAUACGAUGAAUGAAAGCCGAUCCGAUGGUAGAGGGGGAGAGAAUGCUGAAUGGACACCCCCUGAUGAAGAGCUGAAGAACAGGAUCAUUAAGCAGGUAGAGUUCUACUUCUCCGAUGCCAAUAUCACUAAGGAUGCUUUUCUUUUGAAGCAUGUCCGUCGCAACAAGGAAGGCUUUGUCAGCCUCAAGCUCAUCACCUCUUUUAAGAAGGUCAAGAGUCUCAGCAAGGACUGGCGGACUGUCCGUUACAGUCUCAAGAGUUCUACCACACUUGAGGUGAACGAAGAAGGGACUAAAGUCAAGCGUAAAGCCCCCUUGCCGGACUACGAUGAGACCUCGCCUUCCAGGACAGUCGUCGCCGUGAACUUACCAACAGAAAACCCUUCCAUCGAAAGCAUCGCCGAGCUUUUCAGCAAAUGCGGAGAAAUAUCGCUGAUCAGAAUCCUGCGUCCUGGCAAGCCAUUCCCACCUGAUGUACGUAAGCAUAUAGAACGCCACAGUGAAGUGCGAAACAAAGUGUGCGCCCUCAUUGAGUUUGAGAGUGGUCAGUCAGCUCUAAAGGCAGCAAAGGUCAUGAGCGAUAAGGACAACUGGCGGACUGGAAUGUCAGUGACAGUACUAGCCAAGGAGAAGAAAGAGAAGAAACAGUCUCAAGAGAAGACUAGUAAUCGUAAAAGUGCCGAGGGAUUGUCACCAUCUCAGGCUGGUGACUUAACAGCCUCAGAUGGUGGUGAGGGAGGAGACUCGGCCAAGAAAAAGAAACGUCAACGCAAGAAGAAGAAUGCCAGAGUGGAGGAAUUGUCUGCAGAACGUGUUGAGCAGUCAGGCACCCCGAGCUCCUCAGACACCGAGAAUUCUCCCCUACCAAGCCGUAGGCACGCCAGUAAGGCUGGACCCGUGCCACAGAGCAAGAGCCCCGCCCACCUCAGUCCUAGCAACACGCCUAAGAGCAGUCCCAACCCCAGCCCCCAUGGCAGCCCUCGCCAGCAGCGGAAAGUGGUCGGGAGGUCUCCCCUGGCCAACUCGAGAAGCAGCCCACGGGCCAGUCCCGAGAUGGGACGCAAGGUCUACGACAGCUUCUCAGAUCACAGUAACACGUCCAGUCCGUGGGUGCAGCGACGUAAGUUACUGGCAGCGUCUGCCCCUGAAGGUAGCCCAGCGGGGAGCCCUCUGUUGGGCCGCAAGAACCUGAUGCAUAACAAUGAGCAUGAGUCCAUUUUGAGGUCACCCUUUGGACCGGAUGGCACCAGGGGUUUCUCCAUUGGUCGGGGGCGUGGAAGGCCAAAAUCUGUAGGCAUGUAAUCAUCCUGUUCUUCAGGUAUUCAAGCCACUGCUACUGUUAGAAUUUCUUUGAUCAACCUAAAGCCCUGUCGGAUGUUAUCCUAGGCACCUUGCUAAACCCAACAGAAUACAACAGAAAACUGUGAAGCCUGCAAAAUCUAACUGAAUCCAACAGCUAGACCAAAAGGCCUUUUGUUCACAGCUUACAUCAACAAAAUCGAACAGAAAGGAGCCCACUGUUGGAUGUUGUUGAAUUCUGCAUGAUUUGGAUUAAGAGGAACAAAAGUAUGAUUGAGUUGUCCUAAACAUACAUGUGCAUGUACAUGUACUAGUUUUCAAACCCUCCAUCACACUUUUAUUUCCUUAUCACAUCUGGAUUGUAUAUUACAUUGUACAUGUUUCCAAAUUUCCCUGUAUCACAGGAUUUUUUCAGGAAAAAUAAAAAGGUGUUCAAUACAAUCUUCAGAUUUCAUCAAGAUUUAACUUUGGAAUCUGAAGCUUAGGUGUAUCAAUGAAAUUGCUGUAGGUGGUAAUGUAGAAUGGCUUGUUAAAGAGCAACUCAAAGGACAACAUCUUUUCUCUAAUUUUAUCUAUUCAAAUAAAUGUGUUCGUUUUGGAUAAACCCUUGUGCAUGCACAAACAAAUAAAAUCAGAGAAAACAUUUUUUUCCUAAGAGUUGCUCUUUAAAUUAGUAACAUACCGAUUGAUCUGAGAUCUGAGUUGGUACAGAUUUCAUUAGCACCAUACCGAUUGAUCUGAGAUCUGAGUUGGUACAGAUUCCAGAGAAGAAACUUUUUUCCACUCGUGUUUGAACAGGGUCCAUAGAAGCAGCUUGUAUGUCUGAACUGUCAAUUUUUUGCUUAGUAAAUGCUCAGAGAAAUUCCAAGCCAAGUUGGCCUAAUGCAGAAGAGGCAAUGUGCAUCAGCCCAUGGGCGAAGUUUUUGUUUAUCAAAAAAAAUAGGCAAUAAAAUUAAUAAUAGUGGAAUACAUACAUUGUAUGUACACACAUGUCAACAUGAUGAAGGAAAUUUGUCAGUUUCAUUCCGAUCAUGUCAAAUUUAGAUUUGUGUUAGCUCGGGACUUGAAAACUUCUGCAUGAAAAGCAUCUGAAGGAUUGGGCAUUCAGAUUCACUGUCUACUAUUGCUUCUUCAUAAGAAAGAAAAAUGACUGUAAAAUAAUACCUUGAAAAAAGCAAGAAGGUAGGUGGAUUGUAAUCCUAAUUGUCAUGGUUUGUAUCAAUACUUAAUGCAGAUAUUUCAAUGCUUCUUUGUACAUAUGACUCAAUGCAACCAGUGCGUAGCUAGUUCCUUGAUUCCUUCAGUUUUCUGUUUCCUUUCAUUUACCCUCCCCCCCUUUAUUUUCUGGGAGCUUUCCAGCCGACCAUCAACAGUGUCACUUCAGGUAUUGACAAAUUAAGGCUAUAAUGUUAAGAAAUUUUCAUGAAACGAUUGUACACAGGCAUUACAUGAAAAAGAAAUAGGCUGUGCACCAGCCCUGUCCAGAUAUCAAGACACACAGUACAUGUAUUUGACUUUCCACCAAACACCUUUCAAAUAUCUCACACAGUUCCUACACAUGUAAGCUGCCCAGCCAGUCAGACUCUCACACAGUAGAAAUCAUGAAACAAUAGCUUUUAUCAUGUACUACACCUAAGAUCCAUGAAAUUCUCUCAGCCCAGCUUAUCCACUGUUUGGAUGAGUUGACUCCUGAUUAAUUCUAAUGUUAUUGAUUUCAUUACUGGUCAUGUACCUGUAUAUGCAAAACAUGCUGUACAAUAAUACCGUGUAGUUGGUGUACAUAAGAUGUAGUAUAGAAUCUGUAUCAUAGUUAUCUUGUAGAUUGUCAUUUUGUUUUUCAAAUGUAAACAUUUUUUGUACGUGCGUUGUUGAGCAUUUGUGCAACUUAUUUACAAGUUCCAGUGGAACCAUGACUGAACAAACUUUUGACACCAAGAAGAUUACUGGGAUAGUUUUUUGUAUUGUUGAGAAAAAAGUAUGAUACACACGUUCCAACAGCAUUGUCAAAUGUGUUAAUAGUGUACAGGUUUAGUGUAAUGUUUCAGCCCAAGUCAGCUGAUGGGACGUGUAGCUCAUGUCAAGUAGUUGCCAAGAGGUUAAACAAGAGUUUGUGCUUUAAGAUGUUGCAUUGUUCAUUGACUUCUAAUCUGAACCUAACCCUGCAACAAAAGCAACACAGUGUGAUUCAAAAGCUGUUGCAUAAUGUCAGCUCUUGCUGUUAGCACGAAGAGCAGGUUGUAAGUGCAAGGAUUAUUUAUGUACAUACGUUUCUAUCCAGAGCACGAAAUUUACUGUCACAUGUUGUUGCAUUCAGCUACAUAUGCAGCAAGGUAUGAGACGGAGAGAACACCCCCCCUGCUUUGUGUUGGUCAUUGUCUCGUAGGAAUCUGGG